UAGUAGUCAGUGGGCGGUCUCCAGCACUUGAAUGAAAGCUCCAGUUCACUGCUCAGCUGCGGUAUUGGGUGGAGUCUUGUGCGCUUGACGCUUCACUGGAACAGGAGACCUGCUACAUUACGCACGGGGAGGUCGCCAAGUACGCCAGUACCGCGAGGAGACUGGAGGGCAGAGAACUCUGAGAACAAAGCUAACGAUUUUAUGUUUUUGUUCUACGAAAAGGAAGAGUUUGUUACUCCAUCCCUGUAUACAGAGUGACGUUUUGGGACAUUUGGAUAUAUUUUUCUCAGAAGCCUAUGGUUCUUUAAGACUGUUUGAGGAGAUUAAAAGGUUAUUCAGAGUGAGAGCAGACACGUUCCCUCGACUUUCUCUCCAAGGACUGCUCGGAAACCCCUGACCCUUCAUGAGAUGCCCAGGAGUUGCCUGGCAUUUGACCCUAUAACCAUGGACGUCCGAGUGCAAGCCAAUCCGAACCUCUACUUUGGGGUCAACGGGGGUCACGAUGGCGCUGAUAGAAACUCCCACAGUAAACCAUUUGAGGAUAAGGCGCUGCAUUUCUUAAGCCAGGAGGAGCAGGAUUGUAUCCUCUUCUUUGAGAAGACCAUCGACUCCCUGCUAACUCCCCCAGCAGUAGAUGAGCUUGAUGGACCAGGACCCCCCAUACGGGCAUCCGCCCCCAGCCUCAGCCCCGUACCACCCCUCUCAGCCUCAGACAGACGCACCAGCCCCAAGGACAUCAUAGACCUGGUUCGCCCAGCACAGCCUGAUCUGGUCCACCCCACACAUGCACCAUUCAACCCCCCCAUGCCAGAUUUCACCCAGAAUAUGGUAAUGAACAACCCUGAGAGGCAUUUUGAGAACAAGCCGAGGCGUGAGGGGAUGGAAAACUUCCCUACAGAGUACAACCUGCCGCCCCCUGGCAAGGACAGUGCCCCCUAUGGCCACGCCCUGUACCAGCCUGUAGGCUCCGUCCCCACCCCCGUCCGCAUCGCCCAGAAGAUUGCAGAGCACCAGGGGAGUGUGGGGAACACCAACAUCCUCUCUUCCUCCCUCCUGUCCAACUGCCGUAGGAACCUUGAUUUAGAGAACGUAGAGAGACCACCCACCUCCCGGGAUUAUCCAAUCAAACAGGACCCGACCACCUCAGCCAAGCCCACCCAUUACCCCAACAACAUCAGCAUGAUAAUGGGCAGCAACCAGCACCACAGCCAUUCGCUGGCCAAUGUGAACCUCCAGGAUAGGAAGUAUCAGAUGCUGGCUAACCUAUCAGGGACGUCCCACCCUGUGGAGGCGGAGGAGCUCCAUGGGCUGCAGAACGCCCAGGUAAACCUUCCCACCCGCAGUGUGUCUUUCAGGGAUCCCACUCCAAAUAAGUCCCGGAUGGAGGCACUGUCCAAACUGGGCUUGACCCGAAACCACACCCACAAUAGCAGCACAAACACCAAACCCGCUGCUGCCCCGAUUCCGGCUGCCACCCCUACACCCGUUCCCAUGCCUACCCCUACACUGACACCCGUGAGUAAACCAGAUGUGGCCAGACAGGCAAAGACCUUGCCACCAGCAACAGUCAACACCAACACCUCUCAUGCAAGUAUCCAUGACAACAAGCCUGCUUCUCCGUCACCCGAAGUCUCGUCCAAGGACUUUAACAGCUAUGGCGGGAAGACCAUCGUGGUGAACCCCUCUAAGGCUGCUGCUGCUGCUGUAGCUCCCUCCACCAGUGGCCAUGGCAGUAAGGCCCACUCAGUGACCUCUCACAGUGACUUCAACCCUUACGGGGGUAAGACUAAGGUAAUGAAACCUGCUCCUGUUACCACAACCAGGGCUGACCUAACCCAGCCAGACAUCGAGAGCAGGGCCGUGCCUCCCCCAGCCUCCACCUCAGCCAGAGUGAUGCCUUCCCCAGCCUCAACCCCAGCCAGAGUGAUGCCUCCCCCAGUCUCCACCUCCACCCCAGCCAGAGUGAUGCCUUCCCCAGUCUCCACCGCCACCCCAGCCAGAGUGAUGUCUCCCCCAGUCUCCACCUCCACCCCAGCCAGAGUGAUGUCUCCCCCAGCCUCCACCCCAGCCAGAGUGAUGCCUUCCCCAGCCUCAACCUCCACCCCAGCCAGAGUGAUGCCUUCCCCAGCCUCAACCUCCACCCCAGCCAGAGUGAUGUCUCCCCCAGCCUCCACCCCAGCCAGAGUGACGCCUUCCCCAGCCUCAACCUCCACCCCAGCCAGAGUGAUGCCUUCCCCAGCCUCAACCCCAGCCAGAGUGAUGCCUUCCCCAGCCUCAACCCCAGCCAGAGUGAUGCCUUCCCCAGCCUCAACCUCCACGCCAGCCAAAAGGAUGCCUCCACCAACCUCCAGCUCCAUCCCAACCAAAGGAGAAACCAUGUCCUACGAGGUCAAGAGCUACGGGGGGAAGACCAGAAUGGUCACCCCAUCCGACACCACCCCCUCUCCCAUUACCACCCCUGACAUCCUCACACACACCCUAGUGAGGUCCCCCAGCAAAGCUUCAGCCCCAGUGCCUUCUCCAGCCUCCAGACCUUUCCGCUAUAGCACUCCCCCUAGCGCCAACAGGGCGGGGGCGUCUCCCUCUUCUCCGGAGUCCCGGCCGAAGUCCGCCGUCUCCAAGCCAUCGUUCCGCUCCCAGGGGAUCACUGUGCAGUUCUCCGGACGGGGAGUGACAGAUGAGUCACGCAGAGAAGCUCUCCGGAAACUGGGACUGCUGAAAGACACUUUCUAACUCUCUGCAUAACCUCUACUCAGCUUCCAGGUGGACAGACGUAACGAAGGCCUCUGGAGUUUUUCUGAAAGGGUGUGAGGCGUGGCAGGAGAGGAUACCUACAUUACUGUGGAAUGAUCCGGGCUGAAACCGGCUCACCCGGGUUCUGAGCGCUGAAUGCUGACAAACGAGUCCGACACGUCACAUGGCCUAGUUGACAAAUACACACACGCAGACAUGUACACACACAUUCGUCAAACAGACAUACACGCACUCAAACACACACGUGCACAUGCACUCAUACCCACAAAUACAUUCACCCAACAAUCCCACACAUAUAUGCAUCAAAGCACUAUCUCUUAAUUGUGCUCUAUUUAACUGUAGUCCGACUAAGUGUUUUACAUUGCCUCUGAAUCAAGACAUAUUGUACUUUACAGUAUACAUGUACCGCUAAUAUUCUCUGGGCCAAAACAGACAAAAAAAACAGACCUGUUCAAAGGGUAAUGCAGACAGCUGAAUGUCUUUGGCAUUGGCACAUUUGGCAGAGACAGACUUUUUACUACCUUUGCCACCUUCUGAUGUCACAUCCUCAGCUACCAGUGAGAAUCCUUACACGCUCUCACUCUCCAAAGAUGGAUUUAUAUACCCAAUGUAAUUACAUUGACUUUGUAUGACACUAUAAUGAUUACUGAUCAGUUUGAGCCUGGUACUGAUAAAGUGAACUGGAAUCAUUAUAAACUGGCUGUGCAGUCACCUGAGAACUGAAGAGCCUCACAACAUGUUAUUUUGUUUACCGAUUUCAGCGUCGUUGUUAUCCAGGGGGUUAUUAAGAGUGUGAUGUAUCUCACCGUUCAGCUCUUAAGAGCAUGAACAAGGACAUAGUUUGAGGGACUUUCCUGGCAGAAUAAGGUUGAAUUAACUUCACUCACUAAUUGUCACGUUUACUCCCGCUCCCCCCUCUCUACGCACACCUGCCACCAUCGUUACGCGCACCUGCGCCUCAUGACACUCACCUGGACUCUAUCACCUUCCUGAUUACCUCCCCUAUAUCUGUCACUCCCCUUGGCUCUUUCCUCAGGUGUUAUUGACUCUGUUUCUGACUAGCUGGUUCAUGUAUAUACGCUACUCGUGUUACUUGCAUUGUUCAAUGUUCAUUUAUUUAUUAAAUUCACUCCCUGUA